AACUAUAGAAAGAUCAAGGUAUCAUAUUUCAAUUAAUGCAAUCAACAUCUUCAUAAAAAUCUUGCUUAACAAUGAUCUGUGAUUCAAAGCUUUCGAACUCUUUUUCAAUCAUCAUCACUUUAUAUGUUCUUAUGCCAGUGUGCGCUUCCUUCUCAUAAAUAUUUUAUUUUGUUUCAGAAUAGUAACAGCUUAUUUAUAUAGUAUUUAUAGCUUUCUAAUGCGCCUUUUCUGAGCUCUUUGCAGACAAUGUAUCAUUCCGCGGAAUAUUUUAUUCUAUCGGUAUUUAAAAUCUGAUUGAAACAUGUUGCUAUCAUUACUGAGAGCUUAUUUUUGCUAACAAUAAUGAUGUUUUCUCGUGACAUUCUUGAAAUAUCAGUAAAAUAGUACAGUAAUCUUACUAUGUAGUACUCAUAUAUGAUUCUCGACAAAUUUGUGACAUUUUGAUUAUAAUACAAAAAGGUCUGCAUUCGUUUUCUUGGCUUAGAGAAAGAGAAGAUGAGUCUACGGAUAGGAAAGGGUGACAAACCAGUCACAAUCAUAAAAAGUUGGCAGUCUCGAAUCGUUUCACAGCAACAUUUUGAAUGCCAAUUUCUAUUUAAAAAAAACUGAAUUUGAUGGUUCAUAUCGUAAAAUCUAUGACAAUGAAGACUGAACGCGACAAGUGCAAAGGUGCAUUUUCCUUUCUUUACAAAAAAUAUCAAUAAAGAAUAUGGUCAUUCUGUGAUCGUCCCGUUUUUAGAAUAUUCUGGCUCACAUCUAAUUAUCAUCAUGCCAAAAUCGUUCAAUAAACUUCGUAAUAUAUUUGUCUCAGUUCUAUGCAUUUAGAGAGAGGAUUUUAUCUGCAUAAUAGAGUAUGACGUCGUGUAUGCUUCGCAUGUAUAAACUUCCACGAAUGUAUCAUAGAGAAAGAGAAAAUCCAAAAAAGUCAUCAUUGCUUCCAUCUGACAAUAUUGUCAAAAUCAAAUAUUCAACACUUGAAAUCAGCUAGAAAGUUAUAUAAUAUGUUUGUGAAAAUGAAAAUUCAUGUAGUUUAGUAGGUUUUUUUUUAUGGAUAAUCAAUAUUUUAUAAACGAAAUUUUCAGUCUUUUAACGACCAUUUUCAAUCCUAGACUGUUGAUGGAAGAUACAGUACAAACAGAAAAUCAAAAACGAAAAAAACGAUAUGGGUAUGGGAAUGAGAAGUUCCGCAGUCAUCUAAACCUGCACCCUCAAGAAGAUUUUGAUGAUAGCGAUCAUGAAUGUAAAAACUCAUUUAUUAAAACUAAUUAAUUUUCACAAUCUAAUAGGUAUUUUUUUCUAUCAUGUCUCCUCUCGCCCCGACAUUGAAAUUUCAGAUACUUUUUGCAAAGUGAGUGAACAAGGAUUCGUAUUGGUUUUAGUUUGCUGAUAAACUAAACGUAGACAUAUAGUAUUAGCUUCUCAAAUUGUAUCAAUCCUAUGGCUCAAUAAUUAGAUAUCUUAUUCUUUGUACAGCUUCAUUAGAUCAUUGUAGUGAUCAUUGAAUAGAAAUCAUAUACAUAGAGAAUAAAAAAUAUUUCUUGCUGUUAUGUCAAUCGUAUAAACAACGAAUCUAAAUUUGUUUCAGUACUAUAUUUUCUAUUAAUUUUAGACGAUGAAAUUGAUUAUACAACUGAUGAAAUGUCUGAUGACGAAGGCGAUAUUAAAGAUGCUCAUAUAGAUAAAUCAUCAAUGAGAAAUAUGAAAAUUCGAACUAAAUUUAUGAAAAAAAAACUUUUGGAAAUGAAAUCAAAUUCAGAUGAUGAUGAUCUUGAUAAAGAACUGUUCGAACCAAUUUCUGAAAAAUUACCUAAUUUAAGAUGUUUUUCGCUAUAUUGUGAUAUGAUUACUGAUGCUUAUGAUGAACUUAUUGUAUCACUUCUACAUCGAAUGUCGAACUUGGAAAAAUCAUAUGCCACAAUUAAACAAAUUUAUAUUUAA